AUGUUUGAGUUUACAAAAAUUAGCGGUCUUGAAGAUGUCAAAGAAGUUGAUUUGAGCACCUUGGCUGUAGCAUUAAAUUGUUAUGUGACUAAUGAAAACAAUGGAAAUAUUAGACUUGCAUUUCCAAGAAGAACAAUCAGGAAGUAUUUAGGAAUUUAUGGACCAUCAUUUUCAAUUCAACGAUUUGUAAAAACAAUUCCUCAAUUUUUGGAUAAGGGAGCAACAUUUGAGAUAUUAAUUGGAUCAUUUAUUGUUUGGAAAUCUAAACUGGGUCUUCUCCAAAACUCUAAUUUCGGAAGUGUUUUCCCUUUUUUAACAGGUACAACUUUAGCUGAUAAGCUUUGCAUUAAUUUUCCUACCAUGAUAACAAAUAAGCGUACAAGAGAAAACGCUGAAAGCGAAUGGAAGAAAGUUCAUUUACAUUUUAGUGCUUAUCAGAACAGACUUUCUAUUAUGAAAGAAAAAUCACGUGGGCCAGAUAUGUUUAUUGUUUUUGAACAAGAUUUGUGGUGGUGUAUUCAAGACAAAAAUAAGUCAGAGUUUAGUUUUACUGAACUUUAUGGAGAAAUUGACAAGUUGAAAGAUUUUCCACCAAACGUCAAGAUAAUUUUUACCAUGUUUUAUAGAUGCAAACUAGAAAAAGAAUUAUUGGGAGUAUUUUAUGAAGGAAGUAUUAUUGAUAGACCUAAAGUGGGUUCGCAACAAAUUCAAGUUCCAAAGAAUGUAACUCUUGUAAUUGUUGAUGAGAAUGGAAUUAAGAAUCUUAUUGGAGAAUCUAAUUAUAUGGCUCUUGUUGAGCUAUCAACAUAUUAUAUUCCUAAUUUUGCUUCAAUGAAUUGA